UAUUCAUUAAACGGUUAUUUCGUAAAUAACCCCAACUCAAGAAGUACUCUUGAUGGAGGACACAUGGCAAGAAUUUGCGGAGUAGUUUGUGUGUUUUUUCAAAUUCUCUUUUUCUUUUCUUUUUCUUUUAAAAUUUUAAUUUCUUAUGUGUUAUUCCUAUAUACAAUAUGAGUUACUAUUCGUUAAGUUUAUUUUUGGUAGUUCUACAGAACUUGAGAGGUCCAUUCUUAAAUAGGCAACAUAUGAAAAUCUUUUAGUGGCAUAUUCUUUUUUCUGUUUUUGUUUUGUUGUCUUGAAAUCAACAUCUUUGUUCGUAUUUGGUUUUGUAUCCUUACUCAUUUCUCUCUCACUCGAACUCAAAUAGAAAGACCAUGGAAAAAUCUCAUUCUCAUCGAACAUGAUGAAAGUGACUUCGAAACCGAGGAAACCAUAUACUACGUUAUGUAGUCUUUUUCUUCUUUGUUCUUUUUCAUUUAAGGUGCAAAAACUUCAUAAAUUAUCUAACAAAUCUAGCUCCAAAUAUGCAAAUCUUCCUGGGUCCCGGCUAGGCACCCUGAUCCGCUUCCGUGUAAUCCUCAUGUCAACUUAGAGGGUAAUGAGUCGAGGGUAGCAGAGCUUAUCGAUCCGGUGAGUGGAGGAUGGUGUUGCCAGUCCCUUCGACAGUUGUUUCUAGAGGAUGUUGUCCGGGACGUGUUGGCAAUUCCUUUACCGAGUUGGGGGGGGGGGGAGUGGAGGAUAGGAGGGUCUGGCAUGAUACGAGUGAUGGUGUGUUUAAUGUCAAGUCGGCAUAUCACCUUGCGGUUCUGGUGGAUAGGCAGGUUGGGGAGUGGCGCCCUGUUGUUAGCUGGAUGAGGGUGUGGGAGCUCAAGAUUCCGCCGAAGCUUAAGCUAUUCCUUUGGAAGAUCUUCCAUCGGAUUUUGCCAACGACUGAGGCGCUAAUUGAGAGACGGGUCCAGGUGUUACCUAGGUAUCCUGUGUGCUGGGCGGAGUCUGAAACGAUGGAGCACCUUUUUUGGGAGUGUCCAGUCGCUAUAGCCCUCUAGAUGCAUGCGGGAUUGGAGCAUCUGGGCCAUGAUCUGCCUAGACAAACCUUUCCCUUCUUCCUUAAAAAAUGCUUGCUUAGGAUGACUCAGCCAGCGUAGAUUAUGUCUCUAGUUGCUUUGUUGUGGCGUAUUUGGAAGUCAAGGAAUUUGGCUGCCUUUGAGGGGAAGCAGUUCUUGCUUCCUCAAUUAAUGCGACAAUAUCAUCAGCAGCUACAUGAAUGGGUGAGCUUACCAGAGGAUAGACUGAACCUGCCUCAAGUCCCCCAGCAGUUGCCUGUGGAGGACGGAACCUUGCGAAAUGUCGUCUGUAUGUGGGAUGGUGCGGUAAGUGCCAACUCUCAUUCAGCGGCGGCCUUAUCUUGAAGGAUGAGGGAGGGCAUGUGCUUUUGGCAAAGAGGGUGUUUUUUUCAUAACAUUGUGAAUCCUCUGGUGGCCGAGACUCUUGGUCUUCGGGAAGACAUUCAGUGGUGUCAGGCUCUUGGCAUCCAUCAGGUGAGGUUUGAGGGUGAUGCUAAGGUGCUUAUUGAGAAGGUUAAUGCCAAGGACGUGCAGGAUGGGCGUGUGGGGGGCAUCAUUUCUGAGAUUCUAAGUCUGUUAGGUGUAAUUGGUGGUUUCUGGGUUCGGUUCGUAGGUCGGAAUAGCAAUAGGGUAGCCCAUUCGGUGGCUAGGAAGGUCAUGUCUUUGUCUCCGGCCUCGUGUCGAUUGUAUGAUUUCUGUGCCUGGGUUGGGUCCAGGAUGUAACUUGUGAUCUUUUCUAUGAAUGGAAUAUCUUUUGUAAAAAAAAAAAAAAAACAUAGCCGCAUUGGACAACGAGUGCAAAUGGCUAUAAAACUCUCCCACAACAAGUUUGGGAUUUUUCUUGCAUCUUUGCAGUUAUAUCUUAUGAAUCACAUUUUGUUAAUCCUUUCAUAUAACAAAUGUGUAUUGCUUUACAGGUUUUUCUAUUAAAAAAUUGCAGGGUUCUUUUGCUUGCCGUGAAGCGUAAGCGAGCGAACUAUCCCUAGUUGUUAUUUACAGGGGCAAAAUAUCUCGGAUACUACUAAAGUAUGAAAAUUGGUGGAACUAUGCCACUUAAUAAAGAAUAGGGCAUCAC